AUGCAAAACUACGGAACUUCCUGGAAAAACGGAGCAGCAGAUCCCGUCUCCUAUGUCAAACCCGUGUACGAGAAGAGAGUCCAGCGUAGAAGGGAUGCAGUGGAAAACAAUCCGAUAUGGGUGUCCACCGAUGAAACGACCGAUGUCACCGGCCGCUUCGUUGCGCACGUGAUCAUCGGCAUACUCGUCCCGACGGGGAGCGCAUCAUUUCCGAUCCACGCUGAGAGCCUGGAAAGAACCCACAGCACAGCUAUGGCGCAAGUUUUCUUCAACGCUUUCAGCCUGCUUUGGCCCGACGGAGUCCAGUACGAUCGAGUCCUGCUCUUCUUGACUGAUGCGGCCGCGUAUAUGCGAAAAGCGGGCAGGGCACUGGAAGUAAGCUUUCCCAAAAUGCUUAACGUGACGUGCGCCGCCCACGCCCUACAUCGUGUGGCGGAGGAGAUCCGAGGCAUGUACCCGAAUGUUGACCGGCCCAUUUCGAACGGCAAGAAGAUCUUCCUAAAAGCGGCCUCAAGGGUUACGAUUUUUCGCGCGACUGUUCCGGGGAUUCCACUCCCCCCUCAACCGAUCCUAACGGGAUGGGGAACAUGGUCGAAUGCGGCAGUUUACCAUGCCAAAUACUUCGAAGAAUUCUUGCGAGUUAUCGACAAACUCGACGCAGAUGACGCGGUCAGCAUCCGAGCUGUCAAAGAAAUGAUCGGAGAGCAAUCUAUAAAGCAUAUUCUCAAAGUUCAUAUUCUCAAACUUCGGGUGUUUGUCUGCAGAAAUCACCCAGCUCGAAGAACGAGCGGCGCUCCUGACCGACGCGAUGGACUUAUUUUCGAAGGCGCUCAGAGAUCUCAAGGCGAUCUCAGGUCCCGUGGGUGA